AUGCCCUCGAAACAUAGUAGUAUCAAGGACGAGAAGAAGACAUUCAUCAAAGAAGAAGAAAAUUUUCAUCGGUGUUGGAAGAAGAAAAACACCAACCACUUGACGUUGUCGUCGGCGAAUCCUCCAUUAAUAGACUCUUUCUAUGAAAGGGUAAGCUAUGAAGAACUUCGAGCUGCGACGAAUGAGUUCUCCUCCAGCAAUUUGAUUGGUUCAGGAAACUUUGGCUCUGUUUUCAGAGGCUUGCUUGGUCCGCAAGAGUCUAAACCUGUUGCUGUUAAAGUUCUAAAUCUUCAAACACGGGGCGGAGCCAAGAGCUUUACAUCGGAAUGUGAGGCCUUGAAAGGUAUAAGGCAUCGAAACCUUGUGAAACUUGUGACUUCUUGCUCAAGCAUUGAUUUCAAAGGAGAUGAAUUCAAAGCUCUAGUGUACGAGUUUAUGCCCAACGGAAACCUAGACACGUGGCUGCACCACCACCACCACCAAGUGGAUGAAGUCGAAGAAGACUCUUUAAAUCAUUCAAUUUCAAGACCACUGAAGCUGUCUGAACGACUUAACAUAGCCAUAGAUGUGGCUUCUGUUUUGGAUUAUAUACAUUCCCAUUGUCAUGACCCUGUAGCUCAUUGUGAUCUAAAGCCGAGCAAUGUUCUCCUAGACAAUGAUCUAACAGCCCAUGUAAGUGACUUUGGUCUUGCUGAUCAUUGA